AUGGUUAAAAUUUCUUUAGAUAAUGUCGAAAUCUUUGGUAAUAUUGAUGCUGAACCAUUAUUUUUUCCAGCAAAAACCACCGUUUCUGACAUUUUAACCAAGCCUGCAUUGGAGUUUAUUGUUCUUUUACACAGAACUUUCAAUGAGAAACGAAAAGAAUUGUUACAAAAUAGAGAGCUCCAACAAAGGGGGCUAGAUGAUGGGACAUUUCAGUUUCAGUUUUUACCAGAAACUGAAUAUAUCAGAAAUAAUCCUACAUGGCAAGGCCCAAUUUUAGGUCCUGGUUUAAUCAACAGAUCCACGGAGAUCACCGGUCCACCAUUACGUAAAAUGUUGGUCAAUGCUUUAAAUGCAGAAGUUACAACGUAUAUGGUAGAUUUUGAGGACUCUUUAUCGCCAACUUGGGAAAAUAUUGUUUAUGGACAAGUUAAUCUUUAUGAUGCCAUCAGAGACCAGAUCGAUUAUCACACUCCAAGAAAGAAUUACCAAUUGCGGAAACCAUUCGCUACCUCUCCAACUGUUAUUGUAAGACCAAGAGGUUGGCACAUGGAGGAAAAACAUGUUUAUGUGGAUGGAGAACCUUUUAGCGCAGCUAUCUUUGAUUUUGGUUUAUACUUCUUCCACAAUGCCUCAGAAUUGAUAAAGAAAGGGAAGGGGCCAUAUUUCUAUUUACCAAAAAUGGAACAUCAUUUAGAAGCAAAGCUAUGGAACGACAUAUUCAAUGUUGCACAAGACUUGCUAGCUAUCCCAAGAGGUACUAUUAGAGCAACCGCAUUAAUUGAAACCUUGCCAGCAGCAUUUCAAAUGGAGGAAAUCAUUUACCAAUUAAGAUCACACUCCAGUGGGUUAAAUUGUGGUCGUUGGGAUUACAUCUUCUCCACUAUUAAGAAAUUAAGAAAUAUCCCUGAACACGUUCUACCAAACAGAGAUCUAGUUACUAUGACGUCCCCAUUUAUGGAUGCUUACGUGAAAAGAUUAAUUAACACAUGUCACCGUAGGGGUGUCCAUGCUAUGGGUGGGAUGGCUGCUCAAAUUCCAAUCAAGAAUGAUAAUGUAGCAAAUACGCUUGCCAUGGAAAAAGUCCGCCAGGAUAAGAUUCGUGAACUAACAAAUGGCCAUGAUGGUUCGUGGGUUGCACACCCUGCCUUAGCUCCUAUAUGUAAUGAAGUCUUUAGCAAUAUGGGAACUUCUAAUCAAAUCUAUUUUGUGCCUGAUGCUAAUGUCACCGAGACCAACUUGCUAAAUACAAAGUGUGCUGGUGCCACCGUUACGACCGAUGGUAUUAAAGUUAACUUGGAUAUCGGUUUACAAUACAUGGAAGCAUGGUUAAGGGGCUCUGGUUGCGUUCCAAUUAACAACUUAAUGGAAGACGCUGCAACUGCCGAAGUUUCUCGUUGUCAGUUAUAUCAAUGGGUACAUCAUCAUAUUACUUUGGAGGAUACCAACAAAAAAAUCACUCCGGAACUUACAAGUCAGUUGUUAGAGGAGCAAGUUGAAAAGUUAGUAGCCACCAGUCCUUUUGGUAGUAAAAACAAGUUUAAACUUGCUGCAAAGUAUUUUUUACCUGAAAUUCGAGGCGAAAAGUUCAGUAAUUUCUUAACUACUUUGUUAUAUGAUGAGCUGGUACAGAAGAACCCGGACCCCUUCGAUUUAUCUACUCUGAAAUCGUAG